ACUCCAAAACAACUCAACACUCAGACUUCCUCCCUCUCUCACUCAUCCAUUUCUCUCUCUAGGUUUUUGUUGUUGUUUUGGUUUGGGUUCGAUUGAAGUGUUCAAUCAUGGCGUCGUCGUCCUCCGAUCCCGGUCCAAAGACCGAAAGCGGCGGCGGCGGCGGUGCCGGAGCAGAGGCGUCGGAGGCGGUGACGGCGAGCGAUCAGCUAUUGCUGUACAGAGGGCUCAAGAAAGCGAAGAAAGAGAGAGGCUGUACGGCCAAAGAGCGCAUCAGCAAAAUGCCUCCUUGUGCUGCUGGAAAACGCAGCUCCAUUUACCGUGGAGUCACUCGGCAUAGGUGGACAGGUCGUUAUGAAGCUCAUCUUUGGGACAAAAGUACAUGGAACCAGAACCAGAAUAAGAAGGGAAAGCAAGUUUACUUGGGGGCGUAUGACGAUGAAGAGGCUGCAGCUAGAGCUUAUGAUCUUGCUGCCUUGAAAUACUGGGGCCCUGGCACACUCAUUAAUUUUCCUGUUACAGAUUACACAAGGGAUCUUGAAGAGAUGCAGAAUAUGUCAAGGGAGGAAUACCUUGCAUCUCUUAGAAGGAAGAGCAGUGGUUUCUCGAGAGGAAUUUCUAAAUAUCGUGGGCUUUCCAGUCGUUGGGAACCAUCAUUGGGUCGUAUGGGUGGAUCAGAGUACUUCAAUAGCAUACAUUACGGUACAGGUGAUGAUCCAGCCACAGAAAGUGAAUUUUUGGGAGCUUUUUGCAUUGAAAGAAAGUUUGAUUUAACAAGUUACAUCAAGUGGUGGGGAACCAACAAAUCUCGUCAAGCUGACACUAGCACAAAAUCAUCAGAAGAAACAAAACAUGGUUUUGUUGGAGACAUUGGAGUUGAACUUAAAACAUUGGAAUGGGAAAUCCAGCCUACUGAACCAUACCAGAUUCCCCGUUUGGGCAUUUCCCGUGUAAGUAAAAAGCAUAAAGGUGCCAGAGUCUCUGCCAUGAGCAUCUUGUCACGGUCAGCUGCCUAUAAGAACUUGCAAGAGAACGCAUCAAAAAAGCAAGAAAACAAUGCAGAUAAUGAUGAGAAUGAAAACAAAAAUACCAUCCACAAGAUGGACUAUGGCAAGGCAGUUGAGAAAUCCACAAGUCAUGAUGAGAGACUUAGUGCUGCAUUAGGAAUGAGUAGUGGAUUGUCUCUCCAAGUCCAAAGAAAUGCGUUCCCAUUGACUCCCUUCUUGUCUGCACCACUUAUGACCAACUACAAUACCAUCGAUCCCUUAGUAGAUCCCAUUCUUUGGACAUCUCUUGCUCCUGUUCUUCCCUCUGGAAUUUCUCGUAAUGCUGAGAUUACAAAGACUGAGACAAGUUCAACUUUCACUUUAUUUCGGCCCGAAGAAUGAUGCUGCAUUUCCAUUUGCUCUACAAGUUGAUGAGGUGCAUGUGUUCGUUGCCCGACUUCAUCUGUUCAGGAAGUUGUAUUGUACCUAUGCAUUACCAUGCAACAAACGCAGUAAAAGGGCAUGAAUGGUCAAUGUAGCUAGACAAGGCUUUUACUCUUUUUUUCUUCCAGGUUUGUAUUACGUGGGGUGUAGAGAAUAUAGAAAGGGAGGUAAAACUUUAUUGUGUAUCUUUUAUAUAGAAAUUUUUUAAUGUAUGUUGAUCAACUAAUUUCAUAGAGCAUUUACGUUACUAUUGUUCCGAAGAGUUUGAGUGCUGAUCCUUAGUUUUGCUGAAUAAGUUGAAGACACGAGUUCUUGAUUU